CAGACCCAGAUCCGUCAUUGUUGUUCCAAGUGACGCGUCUCCUUCCAGCUCAGCUUGCUGUGCAGUUGGAGGAAUCCGCGUGUAAAGCCAGGGCACUGUAGGAAGAGACGCGGCCCACCAGGUGGAAUUGGAGUUCGCUCCUCGGUAGUUGGGUUCGGGAAAUGCCAGCGAGGAUGAGAGAAGGCGCCUGGGAAAGAUGACGAAGCGGGCUCUGCUGAUACUUUGCUUAUCUCUGUGCUACUUGUGGUUUCCAUAUUGGUAUGUGUUAUGCAAUGAGGAAAACUUCUCUCUCAAGUCACAGGCUGCACAGAAUGAUGGCUUAAUCCCUGCAGAUGAGACCACAAGUAGGAAGGAGGAAAUUGAGCAGCAGGCAGUCCAUGAAAAAGAGGAAUCUUCAGAUACUACGUCAUUGGGGCAAGUAGUGGAAGAUGCAGUCUUUGAAGAAUGCACACAUGAAGAAAAGGAUAAAAUAUCAGAACAGGUUAUACAAGUACCAUUGGUUGACAGAAAAGUCAAUGACCUGGACAAAGCAGCUUUGAACUUGGAAGCAAGUGUUGAAAACAUUUCCAGCUCAUCUACCUCAGAGAUUUCUUCUGAACCAUUGCCAAAUGCAAUAGAAAAUUCCAGUGCCGCUACCCCAGUAGUCAGCUCUAGUGAGACUGAUCAGUCAGAACCUGACUGUGACAUUGGGGGGUCAAUAGAGGUUGACCCUCAGAGUGACUCCUCCUUUAUCAGUCCACCAGCUAGUCUUGUGAAUCAGCAUGUUGAAAAUGGUUCCAUUCAGCACAACAAAAGAAAAGUGACAGCUUCACAGCUUGAAGAAAAGGUUCCAUCACCUGUAUCAGAGCAAGAAAAACAGAAUAUACAUCUUAACUCGUCAGACGGGGUAGAAAAGGAGAAAACUGAUCAGAAAGAAGCAAAUGUAGUUGACCCUACGGCAACCGGGAGCCCAAAGGACCCUGUUGACAUUCCAACUUUUGAUGAAUGGAAGAAGCAAGUUAUGGAAGUUGAAAAAGAAAAGAGCCAGUCAUUGCACCCUUCAUCAAAUGGCGGGCAACAUUCUGUAAAGGUUCAAAAGAAUCGAAAUAAUUAUGCUUCUGUGGAAUGUGGGGCUAAAAUACUCUCUGCCAACCCAGAGGCUAAGAGCACGUCCGCUAUAUUAAUAGAAAAUAUGGACCUUUACAUGUUAAAUCCUUGUAGCACUAAAAUAUGGUUUGUGAUUGAAUUGUGUGAACCUAUCCAAGUGAAACAACUUGAUAUUGCAAAUUAUGAACUCUUCUCAUCAACUCCCAGGGAUUUCUUGGUUUCAAUUAGUGAUCGAUAUCCCACAAAUAAAUGGGUAAAGCUUGGUACUUUUCAUGCAAGAGAUGAAAGAACAGUUCAGAGUUUUCCAUUGGAUGAACAGAUGUACGCAAAAUAUGUCAAGAUGUUCAUCAAGUACAUAAAGGUGGAGCUGAUAUCACAUUUUGGAUCUGAGCAUUUCUGCCCUUUAAGCCUCAUAAGAGUUUUUGGCACCAGCAUGGUGGAAGAGUAUGAAGAAAUUGUUGACUCCCAAUACCACUCUGAACGUCAAGAGCUUUACGAUGAAGAUGAAGAUUAUCCUAUGGAUUACAACACAAGGGACGAUAAAUCAUCUAAAAAUCUUCUUGGUUCUGCAACAAAUGCCAUUCUUAGCAUGGUGAAUAAUCUUGCUGCUAAUAUGCUGGGUGCGAAUACUGAGGAGGAAAACACUGAAGGGAAAGUAAUUAACAACACUUUGCCUGAAAAUGUGACUGCAGAAGAGCCGGAUAAUGAUACUAUAAAAGUCGUACCGGAACAGACGAUUGAUCCCACAUCAAGGUUGGAAACUGAGAGUUUGUCUUCUCCUACCAUAGCAGUACUGGAACCAGAAGUUCCUAAAGAGAACCCCAUAGUUCAGCUGGUGCAAGAGGAGGAGGAGGAGCCACCCAGUCAGUCAACUGUAACUUUGCUGGGAAAAGAUGAACAAGUAGAGGAGGUGGUUUCUUGGUUUGAAUUUGAGACCCACAUUUACUGCAGUGAAUUGGCAACCAUCUGUUGUAUUUCCAGUUUUUCUGAAUAUAUUUUUAAAUGGUGCUCAGCUAUUGUGGACAUUUACAGACAACGCAGUAAAACCACAGAGUGCAAACAACAGGAGCGGAAUGACUCUCAAUCAUUUGAGCAAUUUUUGGCAAGCCCAACAAGUGAUGUUCAAACUUCAUUAGAGCAUGUGCUGUCAGUACCACUUGAGAGCAAAAUGACUGAAGAGGCAACCACAGAUUUUAUUCUUGUUAACCCUACAGAUAUUUCACAAAGUGAAUCUUUGCACAAAAUAGUGGAGCCUGUAGAUUUAGAGCCGAGUCAUACUCAAGCUGUAUCUAGUUCUGUACCUUUAGAAAAAACAUCAGAUUUAACGACUAGUUUGGUACUUGAUGCAGCAAAUACUGAUACUGUGUCAUCCGUUUCGACAUUUACUUCUGAAGUUUUACAUUUACAAACAAACAAUUACAAAACAGAGAACCUGACCCCUAUUGAGAAGCCAUCUUUAAUUGUUGAGACCAGUAUUUCGACAGAUAACCUUGAAACAAGCCUCAAAGAAUACUCUGAUUUUACCAAUAUUAAAGCUACAGAGACUCUUCAGCUUCAGGAAACUUCUAUUAUUCCUAUGGAAAAUGAAUUGGAAGAAACACAAAAACCUCUGACACAGACUGUUGAAACUGUGUCUCCAACAGAAAAAAGGGACGAGGAACAGGCUGCAGAUGAUGCCUCCCUUAAUGCUAGCAUGCAGAGAACUACAGAUUUUUAUGCUGAAUUACAAAACGCCACCGAUCUUGGUUACACAAAUGGAAAUCAAGUACAUGGUUCUAACCAAAAAGAGUCUGUAUUUAUGCGCCUUAAUAAUCGCAUUAAAGCUUUGGAGGUUAAUAUGUCGCUUAGUAGCCGCUACUUGGAAGAACUUAGUCAAAGGUACCGCAAGCAAAUGGAAGAAAUGCAGAGAGCCUUUAACAAAACUAUAUUAAAACUUUCAAACAAUUCAAGAAUUGCAGAAGAGCAGGAUCAACGGCAAACCGAAUCCAUUCAGUUGCUGCAAGCACAGCUCAUUAAUAUGACCCAGUUGGUUUUUAAUCUCUCAGAAAUAGUUAACGAACUCAAACAAGAGGUAUCUGAUCGCCAGAGCUACUUGAUGAUAUCUCUUAUCCUGUGCAUCAUCUUGGGUUUAUAUAUAUGUUUGCAGCGCUGUAGAAACACAUCCCACUUCAAUGAAGAUGACCUGUCCAAAAUUCCUAAAAGCAAUAACUACCCAAGUCCAAAAAGGUGUUUUUCCUCCUAUGAUGAUAUGAAUCUUAAAAGAAGAACAACAUAUCCACUUAUUCGUUCCCAGUCAUUUCAGAUGUCAAAUAAAGAAGUGGCUCCAGAUGACUUUUACAUUGUUGAACCAUUGAAGUUUUCACCAGAGAAAAAGAAAAAGCGUUGUAAGUACAAAAGUGCAAAGAUUGAGACUUUGAAGCCACUUGAUCCAUUGAAAGCACUUCCUAAUGGGGAUAUUAAAGCAAAGAAAGACUUUACAAACCAGAGGGAUUUUUCAAAUAUGGGAGAGGUGUAUCACUCUUCCUAUAAGGGCCCUCCGUCUGAUGGCAGCUCCGAAACAUCAUCCCAAUCAGAGGAGUCCUAUUUCUGUGGCAUUACUACCUGUACAACCUUGUGCAAUGGCCAGCCACAGAAGACAAAAACUGAGAAGAGAGCCAUUAAACGUAGGCGUUCUAAACUUCAGGACCAAGGAAAGUUUAUUAAAACCCUAAUACAGACUAAAUCGGGAUCUAUGCCCAGUCUGCAUGACAUUAUAAAAACCAACAAAGAUCUGACAGUAGGGACCUUUGGCGUAACAACUAUUUCUGGUCAUCUCUAACCAUGUGGUUUUCCUUUUUUCUCACCGGGUACACUUUUGUUUAUUUACAAUCUCUGAAACUGAGAAGAUAAUGAUGGAAAUUUGGGGUUAUAGAUUGGUGGAAAGUAUUUUUGUCAGUCUGUGAAAAGAAUUGGAACAAAACCGACUAGCUGAUAUAUUAUUAGUCUUCGGGUUAUAAAGAGGAUCAUCUCCAGUUCCAGGACAAUAUGUAUGCAAGGAAAUGGAGCGGUGUUUUUAGGUUUUCUUUUUUUUUUUCUUGGAAACUUUUUAUUUAGGAUAUUUUUUCACAGUUUAAUUACUGGGGAAAUAACAUUUUAAAACCCAUUUUGUUGGGUGAAACAGGGACUAAAGAUCGGUCUAUCUCCCCAUAACCCCCCUGACUUUGUUCCUGUGUGUGCACCUUCCCAUAUUUAUGUGCCUUCUGUCUAUUUAUAAUGCUACUGUAGGGAAAAGCACCAAGUGUGAAUGCAAGAAUUUGAUGUAAGGUUUCCUUUUCUUUCACUCGAGGUUCAGAAUUACAAUAAAACAUUAAGGCCAUUUCCUGGAGAAAAUGUUAAAAAAAAUUACAUUGUGUAAACAGAGAACAGUUAUUUAUAAAGAAAAACUAACAUAUCUCCAUUUACAGAUGUUGAUUAAAUUUUUUUAAAUGCACAUCUUAAAACGAUUAAAGCACCAUAAUGUAACAACUGUCUGCGUUAGACUUUUGUUAUAUUAUGAGUGCGAAAUCUAAACCCAUUGGCUGCCUGAGCAGCUACUCGGAUUUUUAGGAGUCAAGAUGCUAAAAAGUUUGAUUCUAAAAUUACACUGCAUUGUGCUAUAGUGGGUUGUCCAAUGGAAAAGUAAAACAAAAACAUCUACAAUAUAAAACACAGACAUUGUCAGAAAUAUUUACAACUUUUUUUUCAGUUUAUGAAAUACAGGGAAGGGUGCAGUUAUUUUAAUAUUUAGACCUAAAAUAUAUUUUCUGAUUAUUUUUUUUAACAGUACUUUGCACUUUAACUACAUAACCAAAACAACACUAGAGCAGCUUUAUUUAUUUUAUAACCUAGUAAUAGAAUGUUAAAAGCAGGUAAAGUGCUGAUGAUGAAACACUUAGAAAGAGAGAGAAAACCUUGACUUUUUUUUAUUUUUUUUUAUUAAAGCUGGUCUUAAAGACCUCAACAUGAUACAUUGUGUGAGGUCUACUAAUCUUGCAGAACAUAUAAAUUACCUAACAAACACUUCUAAAUCGUAUAACUGUGAGAAGUGAGGAACACGUUUACAAUGUGAUUCAGCCCUGGCAGCUUAGAGGCCAACCAAUAACAAUCUUACAUUUAGAACGUUACAGAAAUGAUGACAAACAAAUGUAAAAUUAUUAACAUUUUAUAAUACUUGUGUGCAGUUCCCUUUUUUUUAAGGAAUAUUACAUGACAUAAGUCAUGUUUAACAUACACAGUAAUGCACUUUGUUUCAAUACAACCAAUUUAUCUGUUUGCAAAAAUGUUUCUUAUAAUGGCUGUCGCUGCUUUUGUUUUACCAUGCACACAAUCUCCCAAAUAUAUAGAUAUAGUUUGUUUUUGUGCACAUUAACCUUACAUUGGCUCCAAGUGGUGCUGUGAGAGUGAACUUUGCAUGACCUACCACUGUAUACUAGGUGGGUCUUGUGCAGAGAGUAAAUGAUCUAUAUAUAGUUUUCAAUCAGUCUGCUGAUCCCACAUAAAGUUUUAGCUGUAUUUAACAUAAAAAAAUGCUUUAAAAGCCUUUUAUUUGACAGACCUAGAAGGACAUCUUAAUUGCAUUGUAAGAUAUAUAUAUUUUAAAUUUAAAGUAAAAAUUUUAAGGUUUGAAUUUUCUUUUCUGCACAGACAUUCCAUAAUUGGAGCAUUGCAAAUCUUUUUUAUUUUUCUAAACAUAAAUACAAAUUCCCAAGCUAAAAUAGAAAUCCUAACUAUCUAUGUUCGUUCAAAGCUACCUCUAACAGAAUUCUGGAGCUCUUCACCAAUCAAAAGUUAAGCUACUUCAAAGUGCUUCCACUCGCUUUAAUUCAUCUUUUUUUCCGAAAUCUAAACAAUUAUAAGCUUUAUAAACUACUAUUUUAAUUCUCAUAUAUGCAGUCCGUUUUUUAUGGGAGGUUUUUACACAGCAUUAGGUGGCCGUCACUCUGUCAUACGCCCACUAAAUAAACUGAGCAUGCUUGAUUUUCUUAUUCAUCGGCUUAAACAUCUUGCGCGCUCCCGUAACCGUUAAUUUACGUCUUUGAUUCACAAUAGUAAACACUGAAUAUUGUGAUUUAUUGUUUACAUUGUGACGUUGUUGUUUCGCACAUGCGCUAAAUUCAUUACAAGGUGAAGUUGCUAUUUGUUCAUGCAUGCGCAAAGCUGGUCUCACGGGAGCGUGCCUUCAGUUGUGACGUAGGGAGCAGGUGGGACCGCUCUAUAGUCUAAGGCGAUAUCAAAGCAGGAAGUGGGAGAUGGGAGGAGCGAGGAACAGUAAGAGAUAUUUUUUUUUAAGAUUGCGAUCUCUUACUAACAUUUAUAUUGAAGGUUUAAAAAGUUAGCAGCUAAGCUUAACAAUGGAUAGGCUUCAUAUAAAGUGCAAGAGAUUUACUCAAAUUUACCAUCACUUUAAAUUUUCCACCGCUGUCUGAUGACUGCUGCUUGAUAAAUACUGACUGCAGGUUCUCUUGUGAGAACCUGCAGUCGUAGUGCAGGUGAAGGCUUGAUAAAUCGAGCCCUAAUAGAGAUAUUGAGGUAAAAAAUUAAAUGUGCAAAUGUGCUUUUUAGAUUUAAAUAGAAACAUGUUUGCAUUAUACUUCCAUUAUCAAAAAAAAUUCUAUUUUUCAGUGGCGUACGCACAUAUUCUGUGAAGGCUGUGCACCAGUGUUCAAAUACUAUACCCUCUCAGAGUCAGCAUUGACUUGUAUGACACAAAUGAAACCUUCCCAGACACAAUGCACACUGCAUCCAGCUCUCUGAGUUUGAAUAUUGGUGCACAGGCCCUGACAGCAUAUAUGUGUAUGCCACUAAAAAACAGUACUAACUAAUUUCAGGCCUCUAUUUAAAAUCAAAAUACCCAGUGUACAUUUAAAUUUUGACCUUUCUAUCCCUUUAAUUGUCCCCUAAAAAGAAAAUUGUUUUACUCCCAAACUUGGAAUUAUAAAUAGCCCAGUGCUUAAUUAUUUAUGGCCAUAAUUUGUAUUUUUAAUUUUGUUUUAUGCAUGAUUGUUUUAGAUUACAGUGAAAAAAUAAAUGACUCCCACUCAACAAA